UAUAAGGUAAUUGUCUCUCAGGUAGAGAUGGCAGAGGCGCGAGGAGGUAUUGGAGUGAUCCUGUACAGCGACCCCGAGGACUAUGCGCCAGAAGGCAGUAACUUUGUUUACCCACACUCCUACUACAUGCCGCCUUCUGCUGCACCAUUUGGAACCAUUAAACUGCCCGGUGGUGAUCCUGUCACUCCUUAUUAUCCCGCUACAGGAAGUGCCUUCCGUAUCCCAGAGGAUGAAGCUCCACUCCCCAAGAUACCUGCACAGUGUAUCAGCUACGAGGAUGCUUGGCAGAUACUCAGGUAAAUGGUUAAAUUAAAUUCAAAUUCAA